AUGCACGAUACCAUCGAAACGACGUCCCUUACCCAAGAUGUGUUCGUCGCCGAGCAUGGCGAUAUGUUCCUCACAUGCCAUGGUGCCGGCGACCAACUCGAAUGCAAUAAUGCAACCAUGUAUCAGCUCAACCAACACCACCGCCGCGUGAGACUCCUGGUCAGUCGCGAAGUGCUGCGACUUGCCUCUCCCGUCUUCGCCAACAUGUUGAUAUACACCAUUGAAGGUGACGAAUGGGACAUCCGACUGGCUCUGGGUGAGAAUAUGCUCGACUUCUGCCGAGUUCUCCAUAAGCGAUACGACCAACUUUCGCAAACGAUCGACGAGGUGUCUUUGUACCGCAUGGCUUUGCUUGCGAAUAAGUACAAAGCUACCGCGGCCGUCAGACCAUUUGCGGUAUCGACCAUCAAGAACCUGAUAGAGAUCACCGACCAGAGAGGCUUGCUCAGCCUUCUUGUGUCGGCGCACCUGCUGAGCCUGCCUGGGUUAUUUGCAGAAUUAAGCUCGGAGAUCGUCUUAAGGAGCAAAGAGUCGCUUCAGAGCACCCUCGCCUACUUCCACAGUCAAACGAGGCGGAUCGUGGAGAGGUGGAUGUUUGACGUACUGGACUACAACGGUAGACUUGCUGGCGACUGCGCAACCCACUGCACAGCAGCCCAGCAGUACAACUUCGACUUCACAAAGCUUUUGUGCUCCAGAGGAUUAUGGCCAUCGACGAAACUCGCCACACUCAGCCUUGAUGAAGUCUUCAACACCUUUCGCAAGGACAUGGCAAACCCCUGCAGCUUUUUGCACCUCGAUCCGGUACCAUGUUGCAAUGCCUGCUACGUCUGCAAAGCUCCGUCAAUCAUGGAGUUGGCCGAGGCGCUCAGAGCUCAGGAGAUGCACGUUCGAGAGCUUCUCCCCAAGCCCUGCCUUCAUUGCGUUGUCCAAAGCGUCCAGCUUGGACUUCCAAUCUCCACACAAUACGGCUGGUCGGACUGCCUCAAACACAGGCACGCAACAGAGACCGAUCCAGAGCUUGAGGACCGUUGCGCGAUGUUGAGUAGGCAAUGA